UGCUCUUACAUUAGUGAAAGGAGGGUUCAUCCAGUGUACAUGUACACGAUAUCUUGUCUUUGUUUAUUUAUAUUACUGUGCAGUGUAUAAAUGCGAGUCCAAGUUAAUGCGCGUUGUGUCUCAGUAACAUAUCGCUUUGUAUCUAUCAAACCAGUUAAGUUAAUAAAUUCUGUGUGAAAAAUGGAGGACCAAGAAAAUGAGGAAGUAAAUUUAACAUUUGCAGUAAAUGAAAAACAAGAUGCAAAUGAAAGUAUACAUUUGAGUAAUAAAAAUUUAAAUGACUUAGACCGGUUGGGAAAAUAUCAAUUAAUUGUUUAUGUUGUUGUCAGUUUACCAUUAAUGCUAGCUGCUGGUUUUGCACUUGGUUAUGUAUUUACAUCCGGUGAAGUUGAUUAUAGAUGUAUAAUACCAGAAUGUGAUUCAACUUUACCAAUUUUGAAUACAACGUGGUCAGAAUAUUCUUCACCGAAAAAAAACAGCUUUGGUAGCUGCGAGCAUUUCACUGUAACAAAAGAUAAAUUGGAAAAAAUUUGUACGUCACAAUCGUUUACAAAUAAAACCGAGCGAUGUAAUAAUUGGGUUUACGAUCCUCAUGAGAAAACAAUAUUGAAUGAGUGGGAUAUUACCUGUAAUGAAAAUAGGUGGAAAUUAACGUUAGUCGGUACGAUUAAUAAUUUAGGUCAAUUAGUCGGUUUAAUGUUUGCAGGAUAUCUAUCUGAUAGAUAUGGAAGACGGACUUUACUUGUUAGUCAAACAUUCUUAAGCGGAAUCGUUGGAAUUAUUCAAUCGUUUUCAGUAAAUUAUUUGAUGUUUAUUAUAUUUGAAUUUAUGCAAUCUGUUACGUCUGCUGGCAUUUAUAGCACUGGAUUUAUUUUAAUAUUAGAAAUAGCUGGAGAAAAACGACGAGUACUUAGCGGCACGAUAAUGUGCUGUGUUUAUGCGUUAGGAGAAAUGUUAUUAGGACUGACGGCGAUGGGAUUGAAAUCAUGGAGAAAUAUUAUUCGUGUAUUUUUUGCGCCUAGUUUGUUAGCUAUAUUAUUACCAUUUGUGGUACCUGAGUCAAUAAGAUGGUUGAUAGCAAAAAAAAAAUUCAAUGAAGUAGAAAAAAUUUACAGAAAAAUAUCAAAAGUAAAUGGAAUCAAAUGGAAUAAUAUUGAAAUGAGUGUUUACAAACAAUUAAACUCUAAAAUUCCAACGCAAGAAAAAAAAAUAGAGUCUUAUAAAAAUUCAUCACCAGUGACUGAGGCAUUGUCACGUCCAAAACUUCUGAUAAGAUUACUCGCGUGUUGUUUCUGCUGGCUUACAAAUACGUUUGUAUACUACGGAUUGUCAUUAAACUCAGUUGCAUUUGCCGGUGAUAAAUAUGUCAAUUUCAUACUUGUUUCUUUCGUUGAGAUACCCGCGUAUUUUCUCAGCUGGAUACUUAUCGAUUACGCCGGACGUAAACGUACAUUAUCUGGUUCAUUUUUAUUGAGCGGUUUUUUUUGUCUCUGUAUUCAGUUUAUCCCCAAAGAUUCAUGGUCUUAUGCACCAAUAAUCAUAUAUAUGAGUGGUAAAGGCUGCAUAACAAUGGCUUUUGCUGCUGUUUAUGUUUAUACUGCAGAAAUGUUUCCAACAACAGCACGGCAUUUUUUACUUAGUAUUUGUAGCAUGACUGGGCGCAUUGGUUCUAUCCUUGCUCCUCAAACUCGUCUAUUAGCAAUAAUUGUGGAAUCAUUACCGCUGAUAUUAUUUGGAAGCAUGGGAAUAGCAGCAGGAAUUAUUUCGCUUAUAUUUCCUGAAACGUUGGGUUGUAAAUUACCGGAUACGAUUGAAGAAGCUGAAAAUAUAGGAUAUAAGUCUGAUAAAAAGUCUGUUAAUAUUAAUUAGUCUUAAUUAACUUAAAAUGUACUGAUC